UGGUGAUUUCCUCCUACUUCAUGAUCGCGCGCGCUAACAGGAUGUCGGGUUUAACAGCAACAGGGGUUGCAAGUUUGACAAGAUAGUUGCCCACACCAUAUGGCUGCAAAGUCGGUGAAAUGUUGGCAUCUGUGGCUGCUGUUGUUGCUCUCUGUGCGGGCGUCCGUUGCUAAAAACAGUCGGCGUUCUAUGAAUGAUGACGUCCUCCGGCCGUACACCCACGGACAUGGCCCCGCCCACUCUCAUCGCUACGUCAGAGACUGUCAGGGCAUCCUUUAUGGUAACACCACCCAUGAGAGCUGGGCCUCCAGCAACGACAGGGGGCAGCCGGUUGCAGAGUCCAGACUGUUUGUGACAGAUGUGAAAGAUGUGGGUGGAGUCAGCAGAUGGGUCUACGGUCACAUGACUGUGGUCCACGACCCACUGCAGACCGUGUCGGUUGUAGAGCCAGGAGGGCCAGGUGGCUGCAAGAUGAACCACCAGGUGUCUGUGGAAGAGACGGCGGAAGCUGCGGGGUGUCUUUAUGCCCAAAACGCUGGUUUCUUCAACACAAAGUCAGGCGUGUGUUUGGGAAACGUGGUGAGCAAUGGCAGGCUGGUCCAGGACAGCAGAGGACUGCAGAACACACAGUUUGGAAUCAGGAAGGAUGGAACCCUGGUGUUUGGGUAUCUGUCACAGGAGGAGGUUUUAGAUAAGUCCAAUCCCUUCGUCCAGCUGGUUAGCGGCGUCAUUUGGCUGCUGAGGAACGGUGAGAUCUACAUACGACAGAGUCUGGAGGCCGAGUGCAACAAGACCCAGGAGACGGGAUCUUUACAGAAGUUUGUUGAAGUGGUGUCGGCUAGAACAGCAGUUGGUCACGAUGCGGCUGGAAAACUAAUCUUACUUCAUAUUGAUGGACAAACUGAAAUUCGAGGUAUGAACCUUUGGCAGUUAGCCAACUAUAUGAAAGACAAUGGAGUGAUUAAUGCCAUUAAUCUGGAUGGAGGGGGCUCUUCCACCUAUGUGGUUAAUGGCUCUUUGGCCAGUUACCCAUCCGAUCACUGUAAAUCAGACAGCAAGUGGCGCUGUAGCCGGGAAGUCUCUACUGUUCUAUGUGUUCAUAAACGUCGAUGCCAGCCAGCAAACUGCAGUGGGAACGGUGAAUGUGUGGAUGGACACUGUCUGUGUAAGAAGGGCUGGCAGGGGUCUGCCUGUGACUCUCUGGUGUGUCAGCCUCCUGCCUGUGGACCCCAUGGUGUUUGCACCCAGGAUGGAUGUGUCUGUGAUGCUGGAUGGAGGGGAAAGAACUGCAGUCAAGAGUGCCUGACAGGUUUCUAUGGUGACAGUUGCAAUAAAACUUGCUCCUGUGCAAAUGGUGGUUCCUGUGACCCUGUCAGCGGACGCUGCACCUGCCUUCCUGGUUUCUAUGGGGAAACCUGCAAACAAGCGUGUCCGCUGGGUUUCUUCGGCCUGUCGUGUGCUGAGAAGUGUGACUGUGACGAUUUGUGUUCCUGUGACCCACAGACAGGAAGCUGUAACGUCACGUUUCAAGGAGAGACCAAUAACACCUUACACGAUGCUGGACUCUGUCUGGCCAAACAAAUGUUAACAUCUUGGAAACGAGAAGAUGCUAACAAUGAGAAGCCUUAUCUGAGAGAGCGAUCGUGGUUGAUCAUCACUACAACCCUGACUGUUGUUCUGAUGGCCAGUCUGACCGCUCACGCGGUUCAGGCGUGUCGCGGCUCGGUGGCAUCCCACUCCGCUGGGCGUCGAGAUUAUUCCUACGUCCCGCUAAGCAAGAUGAACGGAGCUUUUUUGUGUGCCAAAGAUGCUGAAGAUAACAGGAAAGGGAAUGCUGAGUUGGAAGAUUCUGACUCUCAGGAUGAAAUUUGGUCUCCGACUGGAUCAGGGAGGGCGUAGCGGUCAGGGCCAGCAAGGGUAAGGAGUUCUUAUACUGCUACUCCACAAACGGGCACACUAAAACGAAGGCUGUGUUGUUUAGUCUUCUGGUGUAUCUCUAUCCUGGAUUGCUGAAAUGAAAUAGGAUAAAGCACAUCCUGAGAGAAAACUGCCCUACAGGGAUUUUCAGAACUAUUUUGGCUGCUUUUCAGGAGUUCAUUUACGAUUUUUGCACCUUUGAACCUCGGGACGACCAAUAAGUAAUUACACCUUUAUUUUUCUCCUGGGUCCUUUCCAGCUCCACGGAUGAUGAUGUUUCCCAGUGUUUGGCUUUGAAUGCUGAUCUGUAACACAAACUCAUGUUAAUAAGUUGCCCAGGAGUCAGAUUAGUCAGCAUCCAGGGUUAAAUUGCCAUAGGAACACACUUGAUUACCAUUGGGUUUUCUGCCACCAAUCAGUGCGUGAGGUAAUCAGAAACGGAAAUCAAUGUAUGGUUUUGUUGUCAGGGCUUUCAAAGCCUUACAUUUUAGUAGGAACUAUCUGGAUUCACAACAAUUUGUCAAACUGUCCAACUAUAAAACUAUUAUUAGUGAGAUUUUGUCAGGUUUUCAUCAGAACUGAUUAACAUUUUAUAGUUUACCAAAUUUAAAGUUUUAGUUACAGAACAAAACAUCAGUGUUUGAAACUCGUUGAAGCCAGCUUUAAAAAAAAAGCUCAGCAUGAGUUUGAUGGGGGUUUUUUUUAGUUCAUGAGUUUGGCUGCUUAUUUAAUUCAAAAUGGCAGUAUUCUAUUUCUUCUAUUAGUUUUUACAAUUUCAACAAUCAUUAUGGUUCAUCUCUAAAUACAAACUGCUUAUGAUAAUGUUCAAACUAGUGUUCAAAUCUUUGCAGAACAAUAAAUCAAAGAAGCCCAAAUGGCUUUAAUAUAAUAUAGUUAAAGAAUGUUUUUAGCCACUUUAAGUAUUUUUCUGACUGCUCAUAAAGUCUAAAAUUAAUAGAAAUGUCAGAAUUCAGGGAUUUAUUUUCUUUACUUUUUGUUUUCUGGGUUGUUUACGUGUUACUCGUGUCUUACCUUACUAAUUACUCUGGAUACAUUUCAGCAAAGAGUUGUUGUUCAAGUGAGAUACUCAUUCAAACAUUCGUCAUGCAAUUCUUUUUUCUCAAAGGGCUAUGUUUAGGCUUCCGAAGCAUCGGAAGUGGUUGUUUCCAGUUUCUGAAAAGUUCUCGUGUCGUGGGAAACCAGCCAAGAAAAUUCUCGGCGUGGUUUGUUUAUGGCUUCAUUCACGUUGGAAUGUUCCAAAAUCUGAAUGUUAACGUGGCGCAUAUUAAUCACGUAAUUCUUUUGUUGAACGUAACGCACCAAGAAUGAGUUUGUUUGUUUGGUACGGAUUGUUGCUGCUCACAAAAACUGUAAAUUUCGAUUUUUUUUAAAUAAAGAAUCUGUCUGGGGUAA